ACUAGCUAGGGUGUAAAUUAGUUUGUCUUGGCCAGAGAUGAUGCGUUUGACGACGAAUCAGAGAGUUUAACAUGUUUCAAUGAUAAUUCCCAUACAGAUUAAAUUGGGCAUAAAUGCAUAAUGUUUUUGGGGCUUAUUUUCUAAACAAUAAGGAAUUGAGGAGUAAGGACCUACUUCACAUUAAGCUUUGAUGAAUAGGAUGCGCAAUCUUCGUCGACUUUGAGCAAUCAUAGACAAAUACGACAUCAUGGGCAGCAUCCUCUGGUUCCGCAACGGUCUUCGGCUGCACGACAACCCGUCGCUGCUGCGUGCGGUAGAAGACAAGAGUGGCCCGCUCUUUCCGAUCUUCGUGUUUGACGGCGAGACUGAUGGUUCCACGGUAGCUGGUUACAACCGCAUGCGGUACAUGCUGGAGGCUCUGGACGACUUGGACGGCCAGUUCCGCAAGCACGGCGGACGACUGUUCAUGCUGAGAGGCAAACCGGAAGUCAUAUUCAAGAGGCUGUGGGAGCAUUUUGGCAUCCGCCGCUUAUGCUUCGAGCAGGACUGCGAGCCGACGUCGAAGGCACGUGACGAGCGCGUGCGCGGCGCGUGCCGCGUGCUCGGCGUGCACGUGUACGAGCACGUCGCGCACACGCUGUGGGACCCCGCCAAUGUGGUCGUCGCUAACGGGGGCAUACCGCCGCUGACGUAUGAGAUGUUCCUGCAUACGGUCGGCAUCAUCGGAGACCCACCGCGGCCGGUGGCGGACGCGGACCUCACGGACGUGAAGUUCGUGGAGCUGCCGGCCAGCUUCUACGAGGAGUUCCAGGUGUUUGAGAAGGCGCCGAAGCCCGAUGCCCUAGGCGUGUACCUGGAGGGCGAGGACAUCCGCAUGAUACGCUGGGUGGGCGGAGAGACGGCCGCCAUGCGCCAGAUGCAGCACCGCCUCGCCACGGAGUACGAGACCUUCUGCAGAGGUUCCUACUUGCCGACCCACGGCAACCCCGAUCUGCUCGGCCCGCCGGUGUCUCUCAGCCCGGCGCUGCGCUUCGGAUGUCUGUCUGUGCGCAGAUUCUACUGGGCCCUACAAGAUUUAUACCAUCAAGUCCAUCAAGGACGACUCUCCGCUACGCAUUUCAUCACAGGUCAACUGAUUUGGCGCGAAUACUUCUACACGAUGGCCAUCAACAACCCUCAGUAUGGGCAGAUGGCCGGCAAUCCUAUCUGCCUUGACAUACCGUGGAAACAGCCGCAGGGUGACGAGUUGCAGCGUUGGAAGGAGGGCAGGACGGGGUUCCCGUUCAUCGACGCGGCGAUGCGUCAGCUGCGCCUGGAGGGCUGGCUGCACCACGUGCUCCGCAACACGGUGGCGUCGUUCCUCACGCGCGGCACGCUGUGGCUGUCCUGGGAGCACGGCCUGCAGCACUUCCUCAAGUACCUGCUGGACGCCGACCUGUCGGUGUGCGCGGGCAACUGGAUGUGGGUGUCGUCGUCGGCGUUCGAGGCGCUGCUGGACAGCGGCGAGUGCGCGUGCCCCGUGCGGCUCGGCCAGCGGCUGGAACCGAGCGGGCGGUACGUGCGCCGCUAUGUGCCUGAACUUACGGGCAUACCUGAUGAAUACAUCUACGAGCCGUGGAAGGCGCCGCUGGACGUGCAGACGCGCGCCGGCUGCAUCAUCGGCAAGGACUACCCCGCGCCCGUCGUCGACCACGUCGCCUGCGCGCACCAGAACAGGAACGCCAUGGAGGAGCUACGUCGUAUCUUGGAGAAGGCGCCGCACUGCUGCCCCUCUUCCGAAGAAGAGAUCCGCCAGUUUAUGUGGCUCGACCAAUCCGACAUAUCCUCUGUGGUCUCCUAAAUGACACCUUAUGAAAACCACAUUAGGUGCAUUUUUGUCUGCGUAUCAUUUGUGUUGCUUUAAUUGAUGUAAUAGUUGCAUUUCAAUCUAUCUAUCUUUUGGUGUUCUAAAUUCGACACUAAGUUGACUGUUAGGUACUAUCAUAGAAAUUGAUUCAUAAGUAAAUA